AUGUUAUCGGAUAAUUUAGAAACAACGAAACCGCCUCCUAAUUGGUCCAUUGUGCAGGAAGUAAUAAAUCGACAAAUAGGUAGUAAUCUAUUAUUCCAAAGAAGAUUUUAUAGUUCUUUACAUGCAGUAAAUCGACUGGAGUUUAAGUACAAACUCCAUGACAUUGAGGAAGUGAGUGCCUUAAGUUUCAAUCAAAAUGGAAACUUAUUAGCAAGAGCCAAUCCACUGACAGUUUCUAUUUGGGAUUGGGCUGCAAGGAAAAAGCGUUGUUCCAGCCGCUGUCCCAAUUACCGCCUAACCGAGGCCAAAUGGCUGCCUCUAGACGUAGAAAAAUUUAUGGUCACUCGUAGUUUCUUUGGUGGAAUACAUUUAUUAGAUCUUGAAUACAACUCAUGGAAAUUGUUGCACGUUGAAGAUUCACACUUUCCUGAUCCGGUACAACAUUUUAUGAAUGACAGGUCAUUGGCUGUGCAUCCUGAAAUACCCUAUGUCGUGUUUUCUGCUGGAUUCGGCUCGAUUUCAUCCAUAGAUAUCCGGGAGGAUACACCAAAAUUGCGCUAUAUAAAGAGAUGUCGAAAUAGUUGUUUAACAAGUAUACAUUGUAAUCCUUCUAAUAGUAAUGAAUUUUGUGUCUGCGAUAAUCUUUCCACAUGCGUAAGGGUGUAUGAUCAGCGAAAAAUUUCGAAACCACUUUAUAAAUUGUGGAUCACCAAGUAUGACAAGGCGGAUUAUGCAGAUAUCGCCAUGUAUAAUCACGAUGGGACAGAGAUUCUAACAUUGUGUAAAUCUUCCAUAUUAUUAUUUGAUAAAUCAAUGUGGUCGUGUGAAGGAAAUUCGAAUCCGACAUUAUUUGAUCGCUAUCAAUUUAGUGAUUCUGUACCUGGUGUACCUGAUGAGAUAGACGAGGGACGUUAUUCUGAAUGUGUGGAGUCAUCAUUGCUUAGGUCAUCCCCAUAUUCCUAUUCUUGCAACGGCAAGUAA